AUGAAAAUAUUGAUUCUUUUGACGCUUAUAGUAAUCACAGAGCUUUGUGUUGUGGAUGCGUGUAGAUCAUACUGUGGGAAUAUAACGGUUGAUUAUCCGUUUGGGAUAAGAAAUGGAUGUGGGCAUCCAGGGUAUAGAGAUCUCUUGUUUUGUAUGAACGAUGUGUUGAUGUUUCAUAUAAGUUCAGGUUCUUAUAGAGUGUUGGAUAUUGAUUAUGCGUAUCACUCCAUAACGCUGCAUGAUCCUCACAUGUCCACUUGUGAAACGAUUGUGCUUGGUGGCAAAGGCAAUGGCUUUGAAGCUGAGGACUGGAGAGCUCCUUAUUUCAAUCCUACUUCUGAUAAUGUCUUUAUGUUGAUUGGAUGUUCUCCAAAAUCUCCCAUAUUUCAAGGUUUCCCGGAAAAGAAACUGCCAUGCCACAACAUAUCUGGAAUGAGUUGCGAAGAGUACAUGUCGUGUCCAGCAUGGGACAUGGUCGGAUACAGAAAACCAGGUCUAACAUCCGGGUCGGGUCCACCCAUGUGCUGUGCGGUGGGGUUCGAAUCCGUGAAAGCGAUCAACUUAAGUAAGUUGGAGUGUGAAGGGUAUAGUAGUGCGUACAAUCUUGCACCGUUGAAGCUAAGAGUAGCUUCUGAUUGGGCUUAUGGGAUACGAGUCAAGUACGAGCUACAAGGAAGUGAUGCGUUUUGUCGCGCGUGUGUUGCAACUUCAGGGACUUGUGGCUAUGAAUCUGUCGAUGGUGGAGGGCUUAGGCAUGUUUGCAUCUGCGACCACCACAAUUCCACUACAAACUGUGACUCAGUUGACAGACCAACCGGUGCGUCUUCAACUAUUCGACCACAAACUAUUAUUGGGUCACUGCUCCUCUACUUCAUAACUAUGAACAUUGCUAUUCAAAGAAGACAGUGA